GGCUGUGACGGCGCCGCCGCCUCAGUUGCCGCAGAGCGCGCUCCGCGGUAGUUGUUCGCAGCCUGUGCUCGCGCAACGGCUGCGCUCAGCGAUUUGACAAGUGACUUGUUCACAGGACAUUGCGAGCUUUGGUCUCUGAACUCGCGAGCAUUGGUCUCUGCGAGGGUGUACUGAAUUUCAUUUGAAGUUUUGUUGAGGCAUUGUCGCUCAUCUGCGACAUCCUCCCUUCAAAAUGGCGUCUGGAUUGCAAAAGAAGACACCAACACCUCGUCUUUUGACCCGGGAAAUGCUGAAAUCUUUUACUCUGCUUCCCUCUAAGUUCCUGAGGGAGAAGCUUCUCGGCACAAAGAAGGAGGCCAACACUGGGAAGAGUAUGCUGCCCAGAAUUGGCCCACUUCAAGACACAAGUGAGGCUCGUCAAAAGUUGUUGUCAGGUCCUCCGAAACAGAGCUCGCUUGGGGUUUCCCCGUCAGAGAUGGUAUUUCAGAACUUCGUCCCUCAUGAGGUCUCUGAAAUGGUGCUGUCUCUCAUUAAUAAGAACAAGUUUCCUCAGAUGGUGAAGGUCUCCAUGGAGAGCUCACCUUACUUCCAGCUCAUGUGCUCCAACGACGCGUACCGUGUGGUGCUGCCGGGCGCGUCUGUGCCUGUGCGCAUCCGCUUCACCCCCGACGAGAACAAGAAUUAUUCCCACAAGCUUGUCUGCAUCACUGCAAGGGAAAGGAUCGUUGUGCCCAUCCGGGCCAUUGGUGCCCCAGUUGUCCUGGACUUCCCUGCCCAGCUGGACUUCUCGGUGUGUCCAGUCAAGUACAGCACCCAGAAGACUCUUCUGGUCCACAACACUGGUAACCUGGAAGCUCAUUACCAGCUGAGCACCCAGAGUCCUUUCUCCGUGGUGCCGGCCACAGGAACUCUGGGCGCUGGUUGCACCAUGCAGGUGACAGUGGGAUUUCACCCGCUGACCAACGGUGACCAUUGCGGGUCCCUGUGCUGCAAAACAGGGGAAGAAAGUAUCCACACAAAGCUCCUUGGAGAAGCUGUAGAUGUCGAUGUCAGGUUGAGCACCAGUUCCGUGGACGUUGACAAGACUUUCAUCACCAUGACAAGACACAAAACCGUUUUCAUUGAAAACAGGAGUAACAUCCCAGUCCACUUCCAGUGGAAGGCUUUUCCUACAGAGGAAGAUGAGAAUGAAGAGAAGAAGAGGCAGCGUCGUUUGCUGCACCCACCGACUAAGGUGCGGCUGGAAAAAAUCAAGGAGGAGAAAAAAACAGAGAAGGAGAAGGGCUCUUUUGAAGAUCACAUUGCCCUCAUGAGAAGCAUGGUCCAGGAGAAAAUGGCAAAGGUGCAAGAAGACUCCAUGCUGUUCUCCAGUGACUUUUUUUUCAUUGAGCCAAUGAAGGGAGAAAUUGGGCCAAAUUGUUUGGCUGAAAUCAAGGUGACCUUCAAACCCUUAGAGGUACUAGGGUACCAAAGUAUGGCUUACUGCGACAUCUCAGGCCGUGAGAGCAGGCUGCCCUUGCGCCUCAGAGGGGAAGGCCAAGGACCCUUGGUUGAGCUCAGCUCUCAGACUCUGGACCUUGGGAACGUUUUUGUUGACACCUCCCACAUGCUUGAGGUGAAACUGAUUAACAAAGGAGCUCUUGAUGCUCCCUUCACCUGUAUCCCCUCAACCACAAACGUGGGCUCCUGCUUCAAGUUUCUACCCAAGGAGGGCAUCAUUGCACCAGGUGGGAUCCAGACUGUUCAGAUCCCCUUCAAGGCCACCGUGUUGGGGACCUUUGAGGAAGAAUUCCAGUUCAGUGUGACUGGAACUCCUAUGCCUGCAAUCCUGACCAUCAGGGGCAGCGUCUCUGGACCGAGUUUACAGUUCGAUGUCGAUGAGAUCAACUUCGGUGAGAUCUCCUUUGGCUUUCCCUACACCCAGUGCUGUCGCCUCACUAACAUCUCCUCAGUGACGCUGACGUUCCAGCUCCGCAUGUCGGACGAUGGCACGCAGCCGGCUGUCGACAGCAUGGAUCAGAUCCGCAGGCAUGGUGAUCCAUCCUGGAGGAAGGGAAUCCAAUUUUAUGUGGAGCCAAGGGAGUUCACAAUGAAUCCCAGCCGAGGGACCAUCCUUCCCCAGGGACACCAGGACAUCGAGGUGACCCUGUGUUCCAACACUGUGAUGGAUUUCCGCCGGAGGCUGCUGGUGGACCUGGAGGGCAUUGGCCAGGGAGUGGCAAAACUGUUCAUCACAGCCAGAUGUCUCGUUCCUGAGCUGCGAGUGUACCCUGAAAUCCUGCUCUACGAUGAGUGCCACCUGAAGGUGCCCUACGAGAGGAAGUUCCUCGUUGCAAAUAACACCGACCUUCCUGGCUGCUAUGGGCUUAUUCCCCAGAAACGCAAGGAGAACUCUCCUGUGCUCUACUCCAGCCCCAAGCCCUGUGGGAUAGUCCAGCCUCACAGCUUCGCAGAGAUUCCAGUUGUGAUCGAGGUGCAGACAUUAGGGGAGCAUCGCACCAAUGUUCUCAUUGGCGUGUUCGGGGAUGAGAGAAACCCACGGAGAGUAGAAUUACGGAGCUCUGGAAAGCUGGCAGAAAUCUACCCAAGCACAAGGCUGAUAGAGUUUGGCAAGAUCCCAGCACUACAGCCUACUUCACGCAGCUUUACCCUCUUCAACGAAGGUCUCGUCCCUGCAGACUUCAGGAUGGAGGUCGCUCGCAAACCCCACUGCUGUGCCAUUGAACCCAGAGAAGGAGUGAUCCCUGCUGGGGGUGAGGUGCCUGUGUCUGUCACAGUAACCCUGGAUGACACGGGGCCUUUUGCUGUCCCUGUCCAGCUGUUCAUUGGGAACAGCCUUUGGACCGCCUUCGGGCUGGUGGCUUUGGGCACUGGCACCACGGUUGUCAUAGACAAGCCAUUCGCCCCGGAGCUCAACCUGGGAUACCAAUUCAGCCUGGUUCCCAGUAUUCAUCAGUUCAGAGUAACAAACAAGGGCCACCACUUCUAUCAGCUCUUCUGGAGUGUGGAAUGCUACAGGCCACCUGAGGAGGAGGGCCAGAGUGUCUCAGCCCUCAGCAGCUCCCAGGAUGAUUCCCAGAGCCCCGAACGUGCCAGCCCCGUGUUUGGGCUGGAGCCAGUGUCGAUGGACCUGAAGCCAGGACAGUCUGAGGACAUGGUGCUGCGAGGCUUCUCCCACAUCCCACAGGAGGUGCACGAUUAUGUGAUGUGUGAAGCUGUCAGUGGGAUAACCAGGAGGACAGAGAAGAUAAUAGAAACAGUCCUUACCUGCAAGUUUAUUCACCCCUCUAUAGAAGUGUCAGCCAGGCAAUUCUCUUUCCUUGUGAACAAGAAACCCAGGGAUGUCCUGACUCUGCAGUACCAGCCUUUGGCUUUAAAAAACACCUGCCUGCUGCCACUGGACCUUAUGCUGGACUUGGAGCAGCCAUUCCUGGUCUGUGAUGAGGACCAGCAACCCCUCCCAGAUGGCCAGCCUGUGAGAGUGGGUGUAGGGGAGACCUGUCAUCUCUACGUUGCAUUUGACCCAGCUUAUGAACUGGAUUUUAAGAGCUGGAAAAAAGAGAAGAUUCUGAACAUAGACAUGGUCAGGGGCCAUCCUUUUGUGGAGCGUAUCGUCCUUCGGGGAGAAGUGCACUUCCCAAAUCUCCAAAUCCAACCCAGCACCCUAAAGUUUGGCUGCAUCGUGGCUGGCACUAAAGAAGUGCGUUCUCUGGAGAUGACCAACUGCAGCUCCCUUCCCGUGGAGUACCACUGGACAUUCCAUUCCAAGAGCCAGGUUUACAGAUUGAGAUAUGAGCUUUCCGCACCUAAAUUCCAACCCAAACCACCAAAGGAGAAGAGAACCAGUUUGGAAUCCUCAGUAUCUCGAAGGAGACGCUUCAGGAUCAGAAAAGAGGAGCCAGUCACGGCCCUGAAAGAAUCGCAGGAUCCUGCCCAAUCUUCAGGAGCAGAGGUUUUCAGUAUCGCGCCACUGUCAGGUGUGCUGCGGCCAGGAGAGAGCCAGCAGGUCUCCUUCACCUUCUCUAGUGGCUUCAACACCAUCUCUGAUGUCAUGGCACUGUGCCACGUGGAGGGAGGCCCCACCUACGAGGUGGUGGUGACCGGGGAGACCUCCUGUGUCAGCUACUCCCUGAGCCCCCGGGAGAUCGACUGUGGCUCUCAGAUGUUUAACGAAAUUCAUCACAGCAAGGUCACCCUGGAGAACACUUGCAGGAGUGAAUUCAGCUGGGUGCUAAACCCUAGCACUGCAGACCAGCAGCUGCCUGGAGUGUUUCUGGUCAACCCCACCACUGGCUCCAUUGCACCUGGUGAGAAGCAAGUGCUGGAAUUCUCUUACAUGCCAGGAUUACCAGGAGCUUUCAGCAGGACUUACCAGCUUAAAGUGGGUGACCUGGACCCGGAAAAUAUUUGUCUGAAAGGAGAAGCAUCCUUUCCAAUGAUCUGUAUGAACCUGCCCUGGAACAUCAAAGAAAAUGAAAAAGAUGAGAAGCCUCUGACACAGCUCGUAAAACUCGCGCAAGAACACAGUCAGAGGAAGAAAUCCGUUGAUCGGAAGAAGACUCAAAGCCUGAAGACUGGGACCUUGAAGUCUCAGACCCAAAAAACUCGGACUGCAAAGAGUCUGAGUCCGAAGACUGGGAACCUGAAUCCUGAUGUGCUUGACUCUGGCAUUGCACCAAACACUCAGCAGAUAAACACGGUGAAGACGCUGAUUGAGAAGGCUGCUCUGGAGAUGCAGGAAAAGCUCACACCCCAUUCCCCAGAGAGCAAGUUCCCUGACAAAGAACUGUGCCAGAGCCUUGUCAAAGUUGAGCUGCCUGAGUAUGUCCUGGACAUGGGCACUGUCCGUAAGGGUUUCACUGAGAGAAGCACUCUGGAGAUCACCAACCCUGGGCAGAUCCCAGUGUCCUUCCAGAUCGAUGUAUCUGUCCUGCAGGACACAGGUUUCAGCGUGGAACUGGACCAGGUGCAGGGCCUGCCCCACAGCCACACCAGGACGUUUGACGUGCGCUUUGAAAGUAUCCGGCAGCCACGGGGUGACGUGGAUGUGCUGCUGCCCAUAGAGGUGAAAAAAGGCCCCACAUAUAACAUCCGUCUGCGUGCCGCUGUGUCUGAGCUGUCACUCGAACUCUCCAAGAACACUCUGCACUUCUCUGCUCUGCUCGUUGGGCAGUGCCAGGUUGAGACAAUCCAGCUCUACAACUGGUUCCGAGUACCCUGCCGAUGGUCCAUCAAGCCUGUUCAGAAGAACAAUCAGCACAUGUACAUGACACCAGCCGUACAUCAGAAGCAGCAGGCGCUGGAGGAUGAGCCCUGUCCCUUUGAAGUGAAGCCUUCCAAAGGAACCCUUGGUGCAGGAAGGUGGCAGAAGCUGCAAAUCACAUUUACACCCAAGGAGGAGAGGUCUUACAAGAAUGAGCUGGAGCUUAACAUUAAUGGGAGCAGCAAUUGCUUAAAGCUGCAGCUCUCCGGACAAGGUCUGGAGCCGCGGUUGGAGUUCAGCCCUCCAGCACUAAAGAUGGGAUGGAUGCUGGUGGACAGCACUGGGGUGGAGGCCACAGUGGUGGUGAAGAACCCAUGCAACUUUCCCAUUGAGUUUUACUCCCUGGAUUUUGAUGAGCAGCACCUUGAGAAGAAGAAGGUCACAGAUCCGAAGACCUUGACUGGGGAGAUCCUGAGGGAUGGGAAGCUGCCAGCGGAAGACCAGAUGCUGGAACAUCUGGGACUGCAUCCCGACAGCCCUCCCCUUUCCCCUGCUGCUGUGCUCUCCAGUGUCGAGUACCCAGAGAAGCGGCUGGGCUCUGCAGAGCGUGUGCAGGACAAUCUGCUGGGUGCUCCAGUGGUGCCAGCACUGAAGGCCAAGGCCCCAGAUGCAAAGGGCAGUUCUGCCAAGGGCCAACCAAAGACGGGUAAAGCAACCAGCAGAGACAGAUCUGCAAAGGAGAAGCAGAUCUCCACACGGAGAACAGAAAGUUCCCGAGGCUCCUCUGCAACAAGAUCCAAAAGUACGCUGGAAAGGGCCUCAACCCCCACAGUAUCUACUUCUUGGUCCUCUUGCCAAACAAGGUCCAUCAUUCCCAGCUCCACAGUGACCCUGUGCCAGUGCCUCAUGGGAUGGCGAGUGCACCCUCCUUGUUUCGUUUGCUCCUCAGCAAUGUCUGAAGCCUCCUCUUUAAUUGCCAGGCUUAAACAGUACCGGUGGAUAGUGCCUGCCCAGGGUGAGGUGGAACUGAAGGUCAACUUCUUCGCCAAAAAGCCAGGGAGGUUUGAGCAGACACUGAGCUUUGAGCUUGUGCCAUCAAAGCGCCAGUACAAGCUGCCCUGCAGUGGCACUGGCCUGUACCCCAGCAUCAGCCAGAACCCACGGGUGGUGUUUCCACAGUGGAGGGCGACCAUGAAGGAAGGUGAAGUCAUCUUCAAGGAAUAUGUUGAGAGCACAAAGCAAUUCCACUUUGGACCACUGCUGUGUGGGAGAUCAAGAGAGUGGUACAAGACCCAGAACUGUCCUGGCAACUCUGAAAAUAUAACCAUCUUCAACAACUCCCCCACGGACGUAAAGGUCCGAUUCUCCUUUGAGAAUGCUGGGGAAGCAGAUACGUUCCUUUUGAACCCUCCCCGCAUGAGACUGAAACCAAAGGAGAAGAAGGAGCUGACCAUUUGGGCAUACCCCACUUCCCCUGGCUUCCUGGAAGACAAACUCGUCUGCAGCAUUGAGAAGAACCCGAACCCAGUGGUCUUCAGCCUGUGCUGCUAUGGGGUGGGCAUGAAGAUGGAGGUCAGCACCCGGGAGCUGUCUUUUGACAAACUGCUUCUGCACAGGACUGACUGCAGGACCUUCGUCCUGAAAAACAACAGCAUGCUGCCCAUGGCCUGGCAGCUCCGUGGGCUGGAUGACCUUGUUGAGAACUUCUUCUUGUCACAAAAUAAUGGCAUCCUUGAUCCCCGCUCAGAGUUUGAAGUGACACUGCAUUUCAAGGCUGAGCAGAUUGGCAGCAUUGAGAAGACCCUCCGACUAGAGGUUUCAGAUGCAGAAAACAUCCUUGGGGUUGUUCAGACAGAAAACAUCAAAAUCUCUGCAGAGGUCUAUGAUGUUUCUCUGGGCAUUGACAUGCCUGAAGGUGCAGAUGGAAGCUUGGAAUUUGGAACAAUUAAUGUCCUGGAUAAGGUGAAGAAAGUCCUGAGUCUAAAGAUCAAAGGGAUAUACAGGAUUGAGUACAGGUUCACGCUGAAGGGUGCAGGUCCCAGGAUGCAAGACUUGGCAUCCUACUUCACCGUUACACCUCAGUCGGGCAUGGUGAAUGCCUCCCACCCUGAUGCGAGUGUUGAGAUAAUCUUCCACCCCACAAGUGAAAUCCUCCUCAAGAACAUACCCAUCCUGUACUGCCAGGUGAUAGAUGCCAGCUCAGGUGAAGGAGGCCAGGCUGUUACCAACAUCCCAAUAAGAGUGUCGGCCAAAGCCGAGUACAGCAAGUACAGCAUUGUGCCUGCCUCACCCACCGACUUCGGAGCCAUGAUCAAGGGCACCAAGAAGAGCCGGACUGUUGUGCUGAAGAACAACGGCACGCUCAGCUUCAAAUUCCACAUCCGCCGAGAACCCAAGCUUGCAUCUGCAUUGGAAAGCAAAAGUUCAAAGCAAGGGGAGUCUGCUCCAUCAGCUAAAAAGCGCUCAAAAGGAAGGAAAUCAGGCUCCUCGACACAGGGUCACCUCAGGCUUGGCAUGUUCACAGUGUCCCCCUGCUCCGGCUCCGUCCAUCCGUCACGCAUGCAGUUGAUCAAAGUGGAGUGCCUCGCAGAGCAGGAGGGGACAUGGGAGGAGCAGAUCUACAUUGACAUCAUGGACAGAGACCCCACAGACAAUCCCCUCGGCAUUCCCUUCACCCUGAUUGUCGAGACCUGCGUCCCAGGACUUGUUGAGAAUGUCGCGUCAAUCUUCAAGGAGUAUCCGAUCUGCAGCAGCGCCAACCUCAGCCACCAGCUGCAGUCGGUGAAAGGCACGGGCCUCUUUGUCAGAGAUGAGAACAGAUUCAUCUUCAGCAAGGUUCAGGUUGGGCAAGAGGCAGAAGCCCAUUUCAGUAUCUGCAAUGCUUGCCGUCUGCCAUGUGACGUGGCCCUCUCCAUCAAACCCCUGCCUGGAGAGGAACAAAGCCUUAUCAACAACAUUUUCAAGCUGGAUCCAGUCAAGAUGUCCAUUCGUGGCUCGUCCUCUGCCGUUGCUACGGUGACCUUCACUCCGCCAGACAAGCAGAGCUACGACUGCACCUUCGAGGCUUCCCUUGAGAUGCCCAAGGGGUAUUCUGUGGAAGUGAAACCCCAAAUCCUGACCUUCACCAUCAGUGGGAAGGGGCAGGAACUGCCGGUGACAGUCGUGCGCCCAAGUGCUCGCAGCAAGAGGGAAAUAGCCGUGCUGCGCUUCAAAAGGCUCCAGCUGGAGGAUACAGAGAUGCUCCCCCUGGUCAUCCGUAACAACGGCAUCAAACCUGUCAAGUUUAUGUUACACCUGGAGGAUGAGCACGGAGUGUUCUUGUUGAAAGGCAGGGCCUCCACAUUCAAGACAUUCCAAACUGGAAAUGUGGAAGGGGACUCCGUCAGAAACGAGAGCAAGCCCGCAAAGCAGCCUUUCUUUCUUCUGCGUCAUGGGCAAUCGGCAGAGUUUGAUGUCAUUUUCAAACCCACCCUGGCUCAACGUCUGGAAGGGAAGAUUUGUCUGUUAGUGGGGGACUCCCGCCUGACCCUAACCGAGCUGGUGGGUGAAGGCCACAUGGAUGAAUUCACCCUUGAUGGGUUAAAGGAAGACCCCCAGGAGAGGAAUGCCAAGAGCAGUCUAAAGAAAGACAUCAUUGAUGCUGUCAGAGCAAAUCACAUCCAGUUUGGGCACUGUCCUGUCGGGAAGCGCUGCCGCAGGACCUUCACCAUCACCAACCACACCCGUACGCAGUUCAUGCGCUUUGUGUGGGACGCAGAUGCCAUAUUCCAGUUCUCCCCCAAGGUGGGACACCUCCAUCCUGGCUGUGCCAAGGGCAUCACAGUGACCUUGAAAGCAGAUGUCCCAGGCACCUUCAGGAGGCGCCUUGUGAAAUGUAAGGUGACCAAGAUCAACUUCAAGCGGCCACGAAGGAAGGUUCCAGACUGGGAUGACCAAAUGUGCAUUGUGACGUGGAAGGAUAUCCCCAGGAAAGACCUGGCAGCCAGAUGGUUUAAAAAAGAGAGGGUAAGAAGCAGAACAGCAAAGAAAGGCAAUCCAGCUUUUACAGAAAGAACCACCAUAGCACCAUCACUGCUGGCUGAGCAGCUCCUGCUUCCUCUGACAUUGGACAGCCAAGAGGUUCACCAGCAGUGCAUUCCAGGGGAGAGGUGGAUGCACAGUGACCAGAUACACUCACACAAGAUGGGGAAGCCUUUUGACAAGAGACCUUUAGCCACACUCAACUAUCAGUCUGUGCCACAAGCACAAGUGGUCGAGACAGUCCCGGAACCAGCUCACACUGUGCUGGAGAAGAGCAGCCAGGAGGCUGAGGUGUACCUCAGUGCCAUUGUUUUCUACACCCAGUUCAAACUGAGCACAACCGUGGUUCAGUUCAAGGAUACCUCCCCCUUGCAGACAAGGAUAGCCACUUUCAGGCUAUCCAACACAGGGAAGGUAGCCUUGGAAUACUCCUGGGAGGAAGCUGAAGACAGUGAAGCAGUGAAGAAGCAAUACUCAUCUGCUCUGAUGCGUCAUUUCCUCUCCUCUGAAACUUUAAAGCGUUGCAGAAAGAUGCUGCAUCGUUUUGGGUGGCAGCCGGAUCGUCCUUUUGAAACUCAAUCUUCUGGGCUGCAGCUGCUGCAUCAGCUGGCCAAGCGGCUGCAGCAGCAGCAGGAUUCUGAGCAGCAGCAGCAGCAGCAGCCCGAGCAGCAGGACCAUCCCAAGCUGUGCCGCUCAAGGCGUGUUGGUUCCGCCCUGGAAAUCCUGCCAGAUCCCUUCCAUGACCUGCCACUGUUCUCCAUCAAGCCCUGCCACGGCAUCAUCGCCCCUGGCCAGAAGCAGGCCUUUCAAGUGCGGUUCUCCCCAAAGUGUGAGGGGACGUUUGAGACCACCCUGCAGUGCAGGAUUCCUAACAUGAAGCCAAAUCAGAAGAUGAAGCAGGUGAUUGUGAAAGGCAGAGCCCGGGAGCAGAAGAUUCUUGAUAAAGCAGAGAGAGAAAGGCCAGGGAGCCAAGGAUCAGGGGCUCUGGAAACCAGCACCUAAGGGGCAGCAUUUGCGUCAGCUGGAGUCUCCUGAAGGAACCAGCAACAUCGUGCCUUCUGCUGCUCAUGGUCUCCCACCCUUCACCAGAGACCUCUGCAGCUACUCUUCUGAGCUCCAGUGAACACCUCAAUCUUACCUUUAAUUACCUAGGUUAUUGACUGGUUAUUAUAUUGAUAAUUAAUUCAUGAUUGUCAAUAAAUUGUUAAUCGUUA